AAAUGCACAGUUGAGACAAAGUGAUGAAAGAAGAGAUUGAAAUCUUUACUCAAGAACAAGAAGUUUUGUACUCUAUUCAUGCGUAUUUUAAGGGAACUCAAAUAUCUAAUCGGCAGUACAAGUUCGAUGGAUAUAGUUAUGAGGAAUUGGUAGAUUUGAAGAUGACAAAUUCUUGAAGAUAUUAUAAGCUUAUCCAGAAAUAAAGUUACAGUCAAAGAGCCGAUUUUUGACAAUAUUGAGACAGAUUACAGAGUUUUGUUUGAUGACUCUCUUAUCAGCUCAAAAUCUCUUUAUAAGUAUAUAGAAAUGCUCGACUUUAAAAGAGCAAAUAAACUAAUAAUUGGAGUUCAACUUCUACGUUGAUCAAAUUUACUGACCCUAAAAACCAAACCUUUGAUGGAUAAGAUAUGGAAGAUAAAAGCUCUAAGCCUCGGACUUCUCAAAAUCACCGGAAGACAGCUAGCUUUAAUCUUUACCGCCAAUACCCAAAUCCUAAACUGCUCUUUCCACGAAUGAAAACUUGGAAAUACAAAACUCACCCACUCAAACACCUUAAACUCCAAAAUCGCCUUCCUGGGCAUCACUCACUGCACCUCCCUCACCUCCCCCACCCCUCUCGACCUCGACUUCUUCACAUCUCUCCUCACCUUCAUCAGCUCCACACCCCUCUGAUCCUCCCUCACAAACAUCUUAAUCCAAGACCUCAACCCCACAGUCUCCCAAAUAUCCACCCUCAGAGACCAAACCAGCCUAACCCACAUAACCUUCAGGAUCUUCGCAAAUCACUCUUUCUCCAUCCUUAAAGAACAAAAGGGGUCUAAGCCUUCCAAAAAAACCAGUUUUGUUCCUGAGUAA